CGCGUGAGACCCAGCUGGAGGCAGCUCGGACCCGAACCAGAACCUCGACUCUCCCCAGUUUGUCCGUGUCGGCAUGUGGGCGCGAGCCGUGCUGUGCGCGGCGCUGCUGUCCGCGUUGUGUCCAGAGGGAACUACGGAAGCUGAGAGGGACGAGAGGGACAUUCAAGAGUACCAGAACUCCAACAGACUGCUCGGAGCGCUGCACGAGGUUCUGGAGCGGCUGCAGACGAAGAGGAUCAACCCCUGGGAGAAGAAGUACGGUCAGGUUCCCUCUUGCGAUCUCGGGGAGCACUGCGCCAUCAGGAAAGGAUCUCGCAUUGGGAAGAUGUGCGACUGUCCUCGAGGAGCUUUCUGCAACUUCUUCCUGCUGAAGUGCCUAUGAGCCAAUGCAGCGUCAGUUUGAAACUGUAAAUUUGAAAAACACUUAGAUUCUCUGUAGUUUGUAGAAAUGAUCCGUGGUCCUGAAAUAAACAUGCCUUUU